GUUGCUAAUCAUGGGCCUACCAGCACUGGAAUUCAGCGAUUGUUACCUGGACAGUCCGCAGUUCCGGGAUAAAAUCAAGUUUCACGAGGCAGAGCUGGAAAAAACAAAUAAGUUCAUUAAAGCUCUGAUUAAAGAUGGAAAAGCAUUGAUUCAGGCAAUGAAAAAUCUGUCUGUCGCAAAGAGGAAGUUUGCAGAAUCGUUAAAUGAAUUUAAGUUUCAGUGCAUUGGAGAUGCAGAGACGGAUGAUGAGAUCUGUAUAGCAAAAUCACUUCAAGAAUUUGCAGGAGUUCUAAAAAAUCUAGAAGAUGAGAGAGGACGUUUGAUUGAGAAUGCCGGAGAUGUCCUCAUCAGUCCAUUGGAACGAUUCCGGAAGGAACAAAUUGGAGUUGCAAAAGAGGCAAAGAAGAAAUAUGAUAAGGAAACAGAAAAGUACUGCAAUAUGCUGGAAAAGCAUUUAAAUCUGUCAUCAAAAAAAAAGGAUUCUCAUCUUCAAGAGGCAGACAGCCAAGUAGAUGUCGUUCGUCAACGUUUCUAUGAAGUCUCACUGGAAUAUGUAUUGAAAGUGCACGAGGUCCAAGAGCGAAAGAUGUUUGAGUUUGUGGAACCAUUGCUUGCAUUCUUACAAGGACUGUUUACAUUUUAUCACCAUGGUUAUGAACUGGCAAAAGACUUUGGACAUUUUAAAACCCAGCUUCAGAUCAGCAUUCAGAAUACACGAGACCGGUUUGAGGGUACACGAUCUGAAGUUGAAUCAUUAAUGAAAAAAAUGAAGGAGAACCCUCAAGAGCAUCAGAGUAUCAGCCGUUACACAAUGGAAGGCUACCUUUUCAUACAGAAAAAAAGUCCUUUUGGAUCCAGUUGGGUAAAGCACUACUGUACGUAUCAAAAAGAAUCAAAACAAGUUACCAUGGUGCCAUUUGACCAGAAAACUGGAGGAAAGAUAGGGGAUGAAGAAGUAUUUAUCCUAAAAUCAUGCAUUAGAAGAAAAACUGACUCCAUUGAGAAGAGGUUUUGUUUUGAUGUAGAAGGAGCAGACAGGGCAACCGUGAUCACCAUGCAAGCACUCUCUGAGGAAGACAGAAGGCUGUGGAUGGAGGCCAUGGAUGGUAGAGAACCAGUAUACAAUUUGAAUAAGGACAAUCCAAUAAGUGAAGGUGCUGCUCAACUGGACAAGAUUGGAUUUGAUUUAGUGAAGAAAUGCAUACAUGCAGUUGAAGAAAGAGGAAUUAACGAACAGGGCCUGUACCGAAUAGUUGGUGUUAAUUCUCGAGUACAAAAAUUGUUAGGUUUAUUAAUGGGAACAGCCGAUAUAGACCUUGAAAGCUCAUCUGAAUGGGAGAUAAAAACAAUUACCAGCACACUUAAACAUUAUCUGAGAGUGCUUCCAGCUCCAUUGAUGACAUUCCAAUUGCAACAUAGCUUUAUCAAAGCAGCGAAGUUGGACAAUCCAGAAUCAAGACUGUCUGAGAUACAUAAAUAUGUUCAUCGGCUACCGGAGAAAAACAAGGCAAUGUUGGAAAUAACUAUAAAACAUCUGGCAAAGGUGUCCAGUAACCACAAACAAAAUCUGAUGACAGUGGCAAACCUAGGUGUGGUUUUUGGACCGACACUGUUCAGACCUCAGGAGGAGACUGUAGCAGCGAUCAUGGAUAUCAAGUUCCAGAAUAUAGUUGUUGAGAUCUUAAUAGAAAAUUAUGAAAAGAUUUUCAAAAUGAUUCCAGAAACUGCAACAGUUCAACCAAAUCUAUCAUUAAAUUCUGUGCAGAAGAAAAGUUCUGAGCCUAAAACUGCCUUGUGCAGCCAAAGACCUUUAAUGUUGUUUCAGACAACAUCAAAUGAAAAUGAGAAGCAGAACCCCAUUGCAGUCUCCAGUAAUGUAUCUGUGUUUGUUCCAACUGUGAAUGCCUCAUCCAGUUCUAAAACCAAUCGACAAAGCGUGCAUAGUCUGGGAUCUAGUGACACUGAGGUUGUUGCAAUGAAACUGGACCGACCAAAUUCUUUAUUAAAUCCCAAACGAAAACCCAGUCUCACUAGUCCUCAUCCUCCCAGUCCCAGCUCACCACUCUCACCCACAUGGCCCAUGGUUUCUGCACCUUCAAGUCCAGUUCCUGUUUCCUCCAGUGACUCUUCCCCUCUCAGUUCCCAAAAUCGCAAAGCUCGAGCCCUGUAUGCAUGUAAAGCAGAACACGACUCAGAAUUAUCCUUCAGCGCUGGAACCAUCUUUGAGAAUGUUCAUUCGUCUCGAGAACCUGGUUGGCUUGAAGGAAUAUUGGAUGGGAAGACUGGACUAAUUCCAGAAAAUUAUGUUGAGUUUCUAUAGCCAAAGAUGUGCAACAUUAUAGCUGAAAUUUACAUGGUAUCCAUGGCAAUCAACGAAGAUAUGAACAUUAUUUCAGUUUUGGCAUUUUAUUCUAUUGCAGAAAUGCAGUGAGGAUAUUGAGUGAACUGGAGAUUAUUUUCAAUUCAAGCAUAUAAUGUCCUGUAUGGAUAUGAUACACCAUUAAUUUAUCAAACCAGAGCCUGUAAUUAUUUCAUAAGUAUUUUGUUUUUACUUCAAAUACUUACGUUUGUGAAAGUAGGAUUUAUUUUAUCUGAAUUAGAUAGUAGAAUGUAUAUAAUGUAUAUAUUCAUUCUACUUAAAUGUUGCAAAUAUCUAUAUGAUGUAUGUCGUAUGAAAUGGGGGUUUUAAUUUGGAAAGUGGGUUUACCAUUUCUUCAAGCUGAAGUAUUGGAUUCACAUAUUUUGAUGAUACAAUCGAAAUACGGCAUUACAGAAAUGCAAAUGGCUAGGCAAUGGUCACAUUAAUGGCCAAAUAGGUAUCAUGAGGUGAAGGUGAAUUAUUUUCCAUUUCAUUAUUUUUAAAGCAUAAUCAUUUAUAUGGCAAACAUUACUUAACUAUUUUUCAAAUUACACAUUAAUUUCAUAUUUUUUAAAAAUAUGUUUAACAUAAAAUUUAAUACUUUCCAUGUUGUAAAAGAAGAAAUGAAUUUUAAGGAUGGAAAUGUUAAAGUAUAGAUAUGUUUAAAUAUAAGUGUUUUUAACAUUUUAAAAAAAGACAAUCAGCCAGCAAGUGGAAGACAUUUCUAUUGACUUUGGCAUUCCACUUAUGAAUAAACUGCUUUGAGAUGGUAACAGAAAAAAAUUCUCUUAAGUUUACUAUACUUGCUUGGCAGCUAAUAUUUUAAUUGCUUAAGGUAACAACUGCACAGAACUGAUCAAGUUUCGGAUAAAUUUAAUGAUUUCAACAAAUCACCUUUGAAUCCUGGAAUUUCAAAUCAAACACAGAUUUGCAUUUAUAGAAUAUAAUCUAUUCCAGUAUCAGAUACAUUGUACCAAAGGUUUUCCAUCAGAUUUUAUAAAAUAGAACCUCCUGCCUUGAUUUGACAGUAUGUAUGAACUUGCAUAAGGAACUAUGAGGUGUGUGUGUGUGUGUGUGUAUACACAUGUCUGAGUGCGCCUUAAAACAAGCCUGAUCUACUCAUCUUGCAGAUCUAACUUUUUCAGAGAAUAGAUUUUCAACUGCUAGUUAGAAGCAAGUUGAAAAGAAAUAGGUAAUGAAAAUCUGAGGGAACAAACAUCAGCCUUCAUGGUCUUUAUCUAUUUUGUUUGUGGAAAUUAUUUGCUUGGAAACAAACAACCACUUCUUUCUGCUCUAAACAAAGUUUGACUUUUUAAAGAUUUAAAUCUAUAGUAGUUUUCUUUGUUUUAGGAACUGUAUCUACUUUUAAAGUCAUUACUUCUAACUUAAUCGUGCUAAUACUGCUGAAGCCUGUGUUUUGUGAUAAUUAAUGAAUUUUGUUGCAACGGUUGAAAUGGUUCUACGUUAUUUCCACCCUAGUAGUUCUUCACUCAACUAUCAGUUGCUAAUAAAAACUUUUUUUAUGUGAUAAUCACAGUUUGAUUUAUACAAUA